UAAUAAUAAUACACUCAACAGUCACCCACAAACGCGCUCCCAACAGAAAUUCAAAUUCAAACCGAUUGCGGGGAGAUGAGAGCCGCCGCGCGCAAGCAGCCGAAGGAGUCCGUCAUCCCACCGCCACCGGUGGACUUCCACCGCCGCCGCGACUCCGGCGCCAGCAGCCGCCCGUCCUCGGUGGGCGCCGGCGGCCGCCCACUCCUAGAGCUCUACAAAGAGCGGUCGUUCCAGCAAUCGGCGGUUUCCACAAUCAACGCCUUCCUCGCCUCUCACAACUUCCCAAUCACCUUCAAAUCCACCUUCCCCUCCGCCAAACACAUCCACGAAACCCUCAAAUUUCUCCUCUCCCUCCUCGACUUCCCUUUCGAUCUUCUCCCACUCCUCUUGAAGCGCUUAUCCUUUCCUAUCAAUCUCAACAACUCCAUUCUCCGUUCCCCCGCCGCACCUCACCAAUGGCCUUCAUUCCUCGCCCUCAUCCACUGGCUCGUCCAGAUCGCCAAGUUCCACAUCCACCUCGCUUCCUCCCCCAAACACCACACCGCACUCCACCACUACACUGUCAACACCUACAUGCACUACAUCCGCGGCGACGACCACGCCGUCGAGGACCUCGACCGCAGCAUUCGCGAGAAGCUCCGCCAGGAGAAGGCCGCCGCCGAGGAGCGCCUCCUCGCCGCGCGCCGCACCGAAGCAGACCUCCAGGCCGAGCUCGGCCGCCUCCGGUUCGCGCCCUCGCCGAAGGAGGCGCUGGAGAGAGACAAGGCGGUGCUGGAGGACGAGGUGAAGAAGUGCCUCGAGACGAUUGAGGUGUUGGCGGCGGGGAUCGAGCAGGCGGAGAGGGCUCUGGCGGAGAAGGAGCGGCUGGUGGAGGCGAAGGCCGCGGAGACGGAGCGGGCCUGCGAGGAAAUUGUGGAGCUGAGGCGGCGCGUGGAGGCUCAGCCGUUCAAUGCACGCGACGUGGAGAGGAUGAGGAGGGAGUUGCAUGCGGUGGAGAGCGACACUGCGGAGGCUGAUAUUGCGAGAAGUGCGUGGGAGGAGAAGGUGUGGGCUCUCGACUCCGCUUUCUCGCACAAAAUCAAUGACAUCGAGGCUCUCGCUAUGGACUGCAACCAAGCCCUUAAGAGGUUAAAGAUUGGGAACGAGAUUCAGUAUCAGUUGAAUGCUAAGGGGUCUACUCCUGCUGAGAUAAUGGGAGUCGAUCACAAACUCAAGCUGAAGCCUGCGCUUAGAUCAUUUGCUAAUGAAAUCAAGAAAAGUUCUAUGGAAAAAUUGGAGGAUUUGAUUUCUUACCAGCAGAAGUCCGGUGAAAAUGCUGCGAGGCUUGAGGGGGAAAGAAAUCAGCUUGGGGAAGUGGAGUCGUGGAUUGAUGAAAUGGAAGCUCAACUGAACAUGAUAAAGAAGGGAACACAGGAAUACACUAGUAGAUCUUAUGCUGAAGCUAAGAGAAUGCUGGAGGAGGUCCAGCUUGCAGAUCAUGACCUGGACAUUAUGGAAAGAGAGGCAGCCGAGGUUCUCAAGAUAUCUGAAUUGAAGUUGCAGGAAGCGAUUAAACAAAGUGAAGAAGAAAUUCAAAUGCGUGUUAGCGAACUCUUUCAGUUGGUUGAUUCAGUCUCGAAAUACAAAGAACUUGUGGGGUCCAAAAUUUCAGGGAUGAGGAGGAAUCUAUCAGAAGCUGCAUCUGGUGUCUCAGCUCAACUUAAUGUUCAUACAACUGGUGGUCAUGGACCUGUAGCAAACCGAAUAACUGAUGAAUCCAAAUUGAAAAAUUCGGAUUAUGUAUUUUGAUGUUGAAAAUUUAAUCCAAUC